AUGGAGGAUCAUUGUGGUGGAAGCGGAAACAAUAACGGGCUGCUCUACUACCUCAAUCUCACCACAUCCUUCGAUACUACAGCCUCAAACCUGACUGCCUUGUUCGGCAACGUAUCCAAAGCCGGAGGAAUCGCAAACAAUAUCGCCCCAACCUACCGCGAUGGAGUCAUGUUCGCUAACGACAACGAGCUCUACCUCUACGGUGGCCUCCUGCGUCUCACAGACAGUCAAGACCCCCCAGCCGGCAACUCCGUUCUCGGCUACGAACGAUACCAGUAUGGCCCGGACCGAGAAUCCUGGCAACCAGGCUUCAUCAUCGACAAUCUGGACAACGGUGUGACCAGAUACGUGACGAAUGGGGCCGGAGUUUCCGCACCGAGCGAAAAUCUGGGUUUCUAUUUCAGCGGUAUGCGCGGGAAGGACUGGGGCCCUAUCUAUGUUGAUAAUGAAUCCGCCAAUGUCACAUCCGACCGCAUGAUUAAGGUGGACAUGUCCAGUAUGCGCGCGAACAAGUGGUCUAAUCUGUCGUUACCGUCGUAUGUCCCUGCGCGGGCUAAUUCUGAGCUCGUUUGGGUUCCUGUCGCUGAGUCCGGUGUCUUGGUGGCGAUUGGGGGAGUGAUCAAUUCAGUCACGAUCUUUUCUUCGGAAGGAUUGACGAGUGCCCAGCAAAACGCCAGUAAGAGAGCAAGUCCUGGGUUCAUGGAGACAGUGUCUGUCUACGAUGUUAGCGGCGAUAAAUGGUAUCCGCAAAACACGACGGGGGACAUUCCUCCUCAGUUGACGCAAUUCUGCUCAGUCUAUGCGAGUGCAGCAGACGGAUCCUCCCACAAUAUCUACAUCUACGGCGGCUACGACGGGCUGAGCACGGAAAGCACACCGUCCGACGAUGUCUAUGUCUUAUCCUUGCCCUCCUUCAGCUGGAUCAAGCUUUACAGUGGAAACAGCACCCAUGGCCGGAGCGGUCACCGUUGUGUCAAACCAUAUCCUGACCAAAUGUUUGUUCUUGGAGGAGUGCAUCUUGACCCUACUCAUUGCCUUGACGGUGGAGCGAUUCAAGUAUUCAACCUGAACACCGGCAGGUUCCAAAACACCUACAGCCCGACAGUGUGGAGCGAGUACAAAGUCCCGGACCUGGUCACUGCCGUCAUUGGGGGAGACUACAAGGGCGGCGCCACAAGAGUAUCACCCACCUCCUGGACCAAUUCAUCUCUGGCAGAUGUGUUCAAAAUCAAGUAUACGAAGACUAUUAGCACCUGGUACCCCUACAACAGCACUACUAGCAGCUCACCUACCAUCGUCCCUACCAUCGUCCCUGUCCCAACCACUGGGUCCAGCUUCCCCAGGUGGGCCGGCGCCAUCAUUGGCGUUGUUCUCGGGCUCCUUCUCAUCUCAGUAGCUGUCAUUUUCUGGUGUCUCCGUCGCCGUCGCAAGCUCCAAGAAUCACAAUCCACAAGCGAGCAAUCAGCUCGACCCUGGAUCCUGCGGUGGAUGCACACUGGCGGGUCAAUGACUGGCGUACCGAAAUCAGGCGACACGACCGCGUCAACAGGAUACAGUGUAUUUGGGGAUGAAUCGAAUAUCACGCCGGCAACAGCAGUGUCGCCGCUAAGUGUGGAGGCAGGUGGUGAUCCCGUUUACGAAAUGCUAGCCCAUACUACCGCAUUCCCCGUGGAGCUUCCCACACCGUAUAACAACUAUUCCCUCCCCAGUCCGGUUUCGAUCUCUGGCGUCUCGGCCACUGACCAAGUAUCCCCUGUCACGGUCAGCACACCCAGCACUGAGGGUGAACCGAGCCCUGUAAGACAGCUGCAUCAUCGCCAUGUGUCUAGUUUGUCUACUGUGCCGACUAUAGCGAAUGUGAUGCGCGAGGAGAGUGGCCAGCGGCAGACAUAUAGGUCGGAUAUAUCGGAAGGGAGCGUUGAGCUUGGGUGUCAGAGGGGUGCGGAGCUGAGUGGGAGCACUCCUCAGGAAGGGAGAUUGGAGACAACAAGAGAGAUUGAUGAGGUUGGGGGCUUGGGGAUAAAGGAAUUGCCGUAG